UUUGGUCGAUACUUUUUUCAGCAGGACGUCAAAUGUCAUCAAAAUCCUAACCUAACUAUUGUUACAUUAAUAAACGUAAACAAAGUAAUAAUCUACUAAUUCCGAGGAAAUGACCUCACUUUGCGCUUCUACUACCCUGUCACUUUUAUUUCGUUCAGCCCAGUCCAGUGUUAUUACCGGGACUCACUAACUAGUCCAAAUGGAGCGCAAGAGUGACUUGGGGGAGCCCUCGUUGAAAAACAGGCGCAAAUGCUCCCCCCAAAUGCCCGAAAAUUCGUGCCAGAUUAUGGUGGUUGACAACUCGCAGACUGUUUUAAACAUUUUACGCAACUUGUACGUGGAGAGGCAGAUGUGCGACGUGGCUCUGCGGGUCGGCAACCGCGAGCACUAUGCCCACCGUCUCAUCCUGUGCGCUUUCAGCGACGUUUUCCAGGCAAUGCUUAUGAAGCCUGAGUGGUGCGAAUGGCAUGAGAGUAAGGUCGAGCUCCAGGAAUUGCUCCCCGAGUGCGAAAAAGUGUUCCAUUUAUUCUUAGAGUAUUUUUAUACCGGGAAAAUUCUAAUUACACAUACUAACGUAAUGCCAAUCUUAGCGCUAGCUGAUAAGUAUAUUGUGAAGGGAUUGUCGCGACUUUGCGUGGAUUACAUGUGCAAACACGUCCCACAUGCCGCCUCACACAACCAGCUGUUCCUCUGGCUGCAGUAUUCCAUUCCGUGCGGUCACAACGAAGUCGGGGAAAAAUGCCAAAACUACAUCAAAUGGAACCUAGAAUCCAUCGCAAAUACUCCCGAUUUCAGCAACAUUGACGCGGAAAUGCUCAUACAGCUGUUGCAAGAGAACGACGUCAUUGUCUACAAUGAAAUGGUUCUUUACAACUGCGUGGUGCGAUGGUUGGACUUGCAAAAAAUUAAGUUACACAGCUCCGAAAUGAGCGCUAACGAAGUGGAGAAUUACAUGCGAGAGCUGGUGAAAAACAUAAUGAUCUAUAUAAGAUUCCCGAUGAUGACGCCGCGAGAGCUCGCCGAUUUGUUGCUAUCGCCUUUGAUAAAACAAUACAAGGAGUUUUUCGUCGAUAGAAUGGCCAUUGGCAUGAUUUACCACUCGGGGCAGUUGGAGCAAAUCGAAAAAAUCAGCCAAACGCAAGAGGGGAGGCUGCUCUUCAGCCCCCGGCUGUACACUUCAGACACGUACAGUGCGGUUCUAUUAAUCGAGAACUUCAACAGUUUGCCCAGUUAUCACACGAGCACUUUUGUUUUUUCGUCGCAUAUGUCGGCGGCAGAUUGCGAGUCGGAUAAAAUCAAUGAUUGGGUCGUGGAUUUGUAUCCCAAAGGAGUUUGGUUUAAAAAAUGCUACUUGAUUGUAUGGCAGGGCACGCUGGAGGUGCCUGAAGAGAUCAUUUCAACAGUGAGAUUAUCGCUAACUUGUCGCGAACUUUUACAAGCGAAAAUUAAAGUCAAAGUUGCCGUAUUAAUUUACGGCAUUCAAGGAGGCGUGGAGCAUGUUAUGGAAGUCAGAGAAAAAAUCCACCAUUUCACUAAUGACGACAAAGUUAUGAAUAUUGAUAAUUUAAUUCCGUUUUGUGAACUCAAUCCGUGCGCUUCAACCAAUAGUCAUGACAGUCCCUACUUGAUUGGACCUAAUAGAAAUCAGCUCAAACUUAAUAUAGUUAUUACUUCAUUAACUUGAACGCCAAAUUUUGUUUGGUAACGUUGUAAGUACAAUUUUUUAUUUUUUGCAGAAUCUAAUAUAUUUUGUUCUAUAAAAA